UUUUUCUUAUGGCGAGCCAAUACCCAGUCAGUGGUUCAGGACAGUUUACUCACUCAAGUUAUGGAGAUAUUCGUAGCCCUCUCCGAAGAGCUCCGGGUUCUCUCUCGAGAAAGGAACGAGUGGAAGGAGUUGAAUGGGCUGGUGUUCGAAAGCCGAGAGAUGGUUCUACAGGAAAGUUUUCUUCAAACACACCACCAGUACUACAGACGCAGAGAAGGAGUGGAAAUUAUUUAACACUUGAACAGCCAACUGUGGACUUGUCGACUUUGCAAAGAAACUUUGCUGACGGAUCUACAGAAUGUUAUAUUUCCGAAGAAGGACCGAACAUUCGUACAAACAGAGAGUUUAAUACUUUUGCGCCAAGAAAAAGUGAUCGUAGUCAAGAACGUGGUGGAGAGAGCCUUCAUCGUACCUUGAAAUCAGGAUUCGUAACUCAACAAGAAGAUGUUGUACAGCCGUAUUCAAAUGUUGCAGCAGCGUUGAAACAGAGCUCCGAAGCUCACCAGUCAUCUGUCAAUUUUUCGCAAAAGAAUGCAGCCUACAAUAGAGCAGCUAGCUAUAGGAAUGCAAACUUGGAUAACUUUGCUCCUGGAGUCAAUAACAAUUGUGUGAAACCCUUGGGAAGAAAACCUUUUGUUCGAGAAGGCGGUCCCGCACAAAUGGGUCCGCGUUCGAAGCAAGAACUUGACUUUCAUAGUGGUUUCUUAUCUUCUGGCUAUUCCAGAGAACGAGUUGAAGAAAGAUUGGAUGGCACUCCUUCCCGUCCCGAUUUGUAUCGCAAUUUGUGGAAGGCAGGUUCUUCCACCAGAGGUGCAGGUGAAGCUUCGUCACAGUUUAGUGGAGCAAGAAACGAAAAUCAACAGCAAAUGGGCUACUCCAACUUCAAUCUUGCGGACUUGAGAAACUUUAGUUCUCCUCAGCCCCAGAACUCCACGAUAACUGCAAACACUUCCUCUCUAUAUAGCCUUGAUCCAUAUCCACAAAAUCAGGAUCAGUUGCGUUUCGCAAUGCAUGGAGUUACUUCCGGGCAAAAGCCUUCUCCUUAUAUGUCAAGGAUAACUCCGAACAAUAUUAAUCAUGCAACAUCGGAUCGAAUUCCAACUCAGAGUCAUGUUCUCCUCCACCAAAAAGAGAACUAUCACAUGAAUCAGACUCUCCUGCGUUAUAUUGAAGAAUUUAGACAUUGUUUGGAUAUUAUUAGAGAAGUGGAUGUCGGAAUACCUGAAAUCCAAUUCUUGCUUGAGAUUGGUUCGGUUAUUGAGAGAGCAUUGGGAGAAGUUAUUGCUACGAGAAGUAAUCGUUUCGAAGUCGGGUCUCCGUAUUUGGAAAUGCUUGUAAAGUUUAUUGACGUUUUCUUAAACUAUGCAAGCUGUAGUGCUCGGACUGGCAUGUUUUCGAUUAUAAAUCAACAACGCUUUGAACAAACGAAUUCACAAGUAGACACUAAUACGAGAACGUCGACAACGAAUACUCGUGUUGGUGGUAUGUCUACUCCAGGCUUCUCAUUUGAAGGGUCGCAAACAAACGAAAGUUCUAUCGCUCGUAUAAAUUCUAAUGGAGCUAUUUAUACAGAUACAGAACCUUCGCAACAUUCGCAGUACUCGGCUCGUUCACAUCGUUCAGCAACUAUUCAUGAUUCCUUACAGAACAGUGGAACAAUGGAAAGAAACAAAGUUCGGAAUAAAACAAAAGGAGCGAAGCGAAGUGCACCAGAGCAAAGUUCUGAAGAUUUUGAAGCACAAAGUGCUGGUAUCAAAAGUGCCAGACCACCUUCAGUUAGGACCGAUAUUAUUGACCAACCUGUUGUAUCGAAUUCCGUUAGCUCUUCUGAAAUAGAAAGAAGUACAUCGAACACGUUCUCCAAGAGCAAAACCGGAAAAGAGUCGUUGAAUUCCCAAGGAGAAGAAGACAUUGUUUUGAAGACAAAGGAACAACUUGAUAUAUCAACAGCAAGCUUGAGAAGAAACACUGAACACGCUGAAUUGUUUUUGAACAAGCUUAAGGAAAGAAAUUUACAGUUGCUGCGAUUUUCAAGGCUAAUAGGAAGAAGAGGUCGGCAUACAGAUAUAAGUGGAACUCGUAGUCAUCCCGAGGCUCCAGAAGAUAGCUUCAGAAAUACCGUUGAGAUUAUAAAACUAGAAUGUGAAAAUUUGAAACAUUUUUGUAGGGGUCUUGAUGUAUAUAUCUGUGAAACGGACUCCUGUAUCCUGGUAAAAUGCAAGAUAUCAGGUGUGCCAUUUCGUUUGCCGCAUUUGUAUAUCAAGUUGAAUUCUGAGGAUCCUGACAACCUAUAUGGCCAUAGCUUUGACUAUUGUGGAAUUGAAUUAGGAGACUUGGGCGCAAGAGUGAAGGAAGAGUUUACAAAGGCGUUAAAGAAAUAUUCUCAGUAUAUUAAUAUUAUCACCUUGAUACGUGUUUAUUGGAAAAUUGUGACGGAGGUAACAAGCUCAUUGAUGACUGAUUACAGAAAAUAGAAAUUUUAUGAAACCGUAUUUUAAUGAAGUUGUAAAGAUUCAUAAUGAUUGCCUUUAACUCGGUAGGAAUAUUUUUUUGUGAAAACAAUUACCACUUAUUGUUCCAUCACAAAGUAUAUCUACUAAAUUUGGUAUUGAUAAUUCUU